AGGUGUGGUUCAUUUUAUCUUGAAACUAAGGGUUGGAAUCUCCUUUAUAUGAAAGGAAGUCCUAGAAUCGACGACCAUGCCUUCAUGCAACAAGCUGUUGGAAAAACAAGAAACUUGUCCCCGCAGUAUGUUCACGAAUCCAGGAUAGGCAAAUAGCUCCCUGAAGAAAUUCGUUAGCAAGCUAUAGGUAGCAUAAUUCGAUUCAUGGAAGAGGUUUCUUCGUCGGAAUAUUAGCAGCCUUUCAUGGAAAGCAACACACAUUUUGAAACCCAUUCCUUCCUUCCCAUAGCCACAAUCUCUUACUUUAUCACAAAGCUUGGAACUAUAGCUUCCCUCCACAGUACCCUUCCUCUUCCUCUUCUAUUUGUAUUACUGCACACCUAUAUAUGCUGCAUAUUAAGGGCGUAAUUGAUAUCUACUUCACCAAAGCUUCUCCCACAUUUCCAUUCCCAACCCACCUCGUCAGAAGAAGCCCAUUUUUCCAUCCAGGAGAAGAGCAAGAAAGAGAGUACUAUUGCAAUAUGCCCAAGUACGCAUCCGAUUCCGAUGACGAGGUGUCUGCCGUGCCUUCCAAGCUCUUCCGCCGGCAGAAGCCAAUGCGUGCUCUUCUCGGAGGAGGCCGAGUUGCGGAUGUAUUGCUCUGGAGGGACAGGGCGGUCUCCGGUGCACUGAUGGCCGGGAUCUCGUUGGUAUGGUUCCUGUUCGAGGUGGUGGACUACAAUUUCGUGACGCUUUUGUGUCACAUUUCCAUCUCGGCAAUGCUCGUUUUCUUCAUUUGGUGCACUGGCGCUGAUUUCUUCAACUGGAAACCUCCACGGAUCCCAGAAAUUGUGCUGCACGAACAUACCUUUAGAGAAGCUGCCACAGUCUUCCACAGAAGAUUCAAUCGAACGUUGGCCAUUCUCCUUGACAUCGCCUGCGGAAGAGAUCCACGACUCUUCUUUCUGGCAAUUGUGUCUCUGUACAUAUUAUCAGUGGUUGGCACCUAUUUCAGCUUCCUGAAUUUCCUUUAUCUAGGGUACGUUGGACUGCAAACGCUUCCGUUUCUGUACGAGCGGUACGAGGCUGAGGUCGACUACUUUGCCGGAACCUUGAUGAGAGACAUCAGGAGGGCAUACAGGAAGUUCGACUCCAGGGUUCUCAACAAGAUACCAAGAGGCCCUGUCAAGGAAAAGAAGGCCCGGUAGAUUAAAAACAUUCCACUCUCUACUUGUAUCAUAAUCACAAACACAUACCCGUUUAAAUACUUACAAUUGCGCCAUACCGCCUGUACAUAUUGGAAUCGCAAUCUACCCACAUUGUUCGAGAUCAACAUCAAAUAUAUUAGUUCAUUUAUCAAAAAGCAUUAAUUCCCAGAGUUCAGCUGCUGCAUGACAAUGACAAAUUGAUAAUCCAAUCAUGAUAACAAUUACAAGCCAAACUAAUCCAGAAAGGAAAGACUGAAACUUCAAUAACAUUCCUUUGGAUAGCAAAUUCAUCAC